UCUGAAAAAUCAAUCAUAAGCUCCAAUGGAAGGGAUAAUGAAGCAGAGCAAGUUGGGUCGUAGAUUACUACUGUUUCCUACACCAUUUCAGGGUCAUCAAUAUCCUAUGUUACAUCUAGCAACCCUCCUACACUCCAAAGGCUUCUCCAUCACCAUUAUCCAGACUCCUUAUAAUCCUAUAAAUCCUACUUAUUUCCCACACUUGACCUUCCGCUCCUUUUACAACAGCUCGCUUGAGUCAUAUUCUAAAAUCCCUCCGUCUGACCCUUCCACAAUCUUAUCUGUCAUGGAUGAUUGCUCGGAACCUUUCCAGGAUUGCUUGUCUCAAAUUUUGCAAGAGACUGGUGCUGCUACAGACAAAGAGCCUAUUGCUGCCUUAAUAACAGAUCCUGUGUGGAAAUUUGCUGGGUCUGUUGCUGCUAGCUUUAACCUACCUAGGAUGGUGCUGAGGACUGGUAGCAUGUCGUCUUUACUCGUUUUCAGUUCCCUGCCUUGUUUACGAGAAAAAGGCUAUUUCCCUCCCCAAGAUCAUAAACUAAACGAACCACUGCCCGAGCUUCCUCCUUUGAAAGCCAGGGAUCUUCCUUUAGAAUGGCUACAUAAUGAAAGACUUGAAGCUCUAGUCCAAGAAACCAAGAUUUCCCAAGGUGUUAUAGGCAAUACCUUUGAGGAACUGGAAGAUUAUUCGAUAGCUCGAGUUCACCAAAUCCUUUCCAUUCCCAUCUUUCCUAUAGGCCCCUUACACAAACACUCACCAACUUAUGAUACCAACUAUUGGGCACAAGACCAAACCUCCAUCGGUUGGCUGAAUAAGCAAGCACCCAAGUCUGUACUGUAUGUGAGUUUUGGGAGUGUUGCAGCUAUGAGUAAAACUGAAUUUCUUGAGCUAGCCUGGGGACUGCUUGACAGCAUGGUGCCUUUCCUAUGGGUGGUUCGCCCCGGAUUGAUCCAAGGUUCAGAAGCCAACAAUGACUCAUUGCCAGAAGGCUACCUUGAAAUGGUAGGUGAGAGAGGGCAUGUUGUCAAAUGGGCACCUCAAUUAGAGGUUUUAUCCCACCCAUCUGUUGGAGGGUUUUGGACUCACAAUGGAUGGAAUUCAACUUUAGAGAGUAUUUGUGAAGGAGUGCCAAUGCUUUGCCAGCCUAUCUUAAGUGACCAGAAUAUGAACGCGAGGCAUGUUAGUGAUGGUUGGAGGAUAGGAUUGAAGUUGGAAAAGGGGCUAAAAAGAGAAGAAAUAGCAAGGUCAAUAAGAAAACUAAUGCUGGAAGAAGGGGAAGAGAUGAGGAACAGAAUCACAGCUUUACAGCAGAAGGCAACUCUUUGUGUCAAGGAAGGCGGUUCUUCAUAUAUAUCUUUAGAGAGGCUUACCAGCUAUCUGCUAUCAUUUUGAUUCACUUAUUUAUCAUCAUUGAAUGUUGUUAUUACUAAAUAAACUGAGAAGAGUUUUUCUUUUAAUCUUUUGUACCCAAAAUUUGACAUAAUAAGCAAAAGACCAAUGGAGCAGUUGCUCCAUAGAUCCCAACUCUAUCCAUUUCC